AUGAGGCCGACAGAAUGUUCUAUAGACGACAUAGAUGUUUCUAACUUACACGUUCCAAGAGCAAACGCCGUAAUGAAAACGAUGUAUAAUGUUCUUGGCAAUCUAAUGCGGCUCAUGAUAGCAGAAGUUUCUGAUGAAACCGUUCAGGAAGCUGGGAAGGUCAUCAAUGAUUCGCAAAGCGCAAAAACUCUCAUCUUAAGGAGCGUAGUAAAACAUCCUACCGUAUUUAUCAUUUUGUUAAUCUGGGGUUUACUUGCUGGAAUAAUGCUAACGCUAACAGUAUUGCUUUUUGUAAGUCGCAUGCGCCGCAUCGAAAUGUCAUUAGUGCCUACGUCUACACGUGCACUUAAUCAAUGGACCACUAGCCUUCACCAUACUUCUGUUGUUACCAUGGAACAGAUUGUUGCGAGCGGAAACCAAAGCCUUACAAUGGUAGAAGAAGCAAAUGCAUCUAUGACAGCAUUGAUGGAUUUGAUCAAUAAGGCCGCCACAUCAGUAACCGUUGAAACCACCGAGCUGCAAACGAAGCUUACCGAUAUUUUUAUCGAAGAGAAUGAUAAACAACGUCUCACUAACCUAUUGAGCUAUACAUUCGUCCUGCCAAUUGCUCUGAUCGGUCUCUCUUCUUUCGGGCUUACGAUGACUGUUGUCAGCUGGACUUUCCAAAGUGGUCGAUGUCGCUACGAUGCUCUUCGUUCAAGACGAGGAGCUCUUUCGAUCGUUUUUGCAACAAUUCUUGCAGCUGCUGGCUACACUGCGAUGCUGAUUGGAGCUUUAAUCUGUGUAAUAGCAGCUGCAAGUCUCAUCAUUGGGUUCACAGCCAUAGCAGUCUGUGCCGGAUUAUUUGCGGACAACAGUUUUCGUCUAUUCAAAGCUCUACCGAAUUAUGGCUGCGUUUCCAAUCAGGGACAUCGAAAAAAAUGCUACGCCUUUUAUGAUACCUUCUACAGCUGCAGAAACGGAACCACAAUUUUCUUGUCGCUCAAUUUCUCACAGACAGCUGACGAGCUAGUAGACAAAUACUUGACCGCAAGACCGCAUGUCAUGGCAGAGCAUAUAGAAAACUAUGAUGUAACUUUGGAAAUUAUUAACAUUAGAAAACACAUGGACAGUCUUCAUAAUUUACUUGCUGAAGCAAAACAAACUUUUGAAACGGCUCCUAAAAGGAAAGACGUUAAAAGACUUUUGGCACAGUUGGAAGCAAAUAUCAACAGUACGCUUCUUCGUGUUCGCACUUUUCAACAGAUAUUGAGUAAUAUGAUAAGCAUGGUAUGGAAUCUUGAUAUUUUGUCACAAAUAUCCUAG